AUGCUCAGUGAAUCUUUUACAUUUUUCUCUCUUCCAGUCGGUCUUUCUUUCUGCCAGUCGGUCUUUCUUUCUUCCAGUCGGUCUUUCUUUAUUCCAGUCAGUUUUUAUUUUUUCCAGUCGGUCUUUCUAUUUUCCAGUCGGUUUUCUUUCUUCCAGUCGGUCUUUCUUUGUUUUCCAGUCGGUCUUUCUUUCUUCCAGUCGGUCUUUCUUUCUUCCAGUCGGUCUUUCUUUCCAGUCGGUCUUUCUUUCUUCCAGUCGGUCUUUCUUUUUUCCAGUCGGUCUUUCUUUUUUCCAGUCGGUCUUUCUUUCUUCCAGUCGGUCUUUCUAUUUUCCAGUCAGUCUUUCUAUUUUCCAGUCAGUCUUUCUUUCUUCCAGUCAGUCUUUUCUUUUUCGGCCAUUCAUCUUUUCCAGUCGGUCCUUCCAGUCGGUCUUUCUUUUUCCAGGUCUUUCUUUUCAGUUUUCUUUUUUUUUCCAGUCGGUCUUUCUACUUUUCCAGUUCUGUUUUCUUUUCCAGUCGGUCUUUUUUCAUAUUUUCUUUCCAGUCAGUUUUUUUCUUUCUUUUCUUUUUUUUUCCAGUUUCUUUUUCUUUCCAGUCGGUCUUUUCUUUUUCCAGUCGGUCUUUUUUUUCUUUCUUUCUUUUUUCUUUCUAUUUUCCAUCUUUUCUUUUUUCUUCCUUUCUUUUCUUUUUCCUUUCUUUUUUUUUUCUUUCUUUCUUUCUUCCAGUCUUUCUAUUUUCCAGUCGGUUUUCUUUCUUUUCUUUCUUUCUUCCAGUCGCCAUUCUUUUUUCCAGUUUCUUUCUUUCUUUCUAUCUUCGGUCUUUCUUUUUUCUUUUUUCCAGUCGGUCUCUUUUUUCCAGUCGGUCUUUUUCUUUCCAUUCGGUCUUUCUUUCUUCCAGUCGUCGGUCUUUUUCGGUCUUUCUUUCUUCCAUUUUUUUUUUCUUUUCUUUUCUUUCUUUCUUCCAGUCGGUCUUUCUUUUUUUCUUUCUUUCUGUUCUUUCUUCCUGUCUGUCUUUCUAUUUUUCUCUGUAUUUUUUCAUUUCUGCAUUUCUUUUUCAUAAUAUUUUUUCUUUUCCAGUUGGUCUUUUCUUUUCCACUUCGGUCUUUUUCUUUCUUCCAGUCGGUCUUUCUCUUUUCCGGUCGGCCUUUCUUUCUUCCAGUUGGUCUUUUCCUUUCCAGUAGGUUUUCUUUCUUCCAGUUUUUUCUUUCUUCUUUUCCAGUCGGUAUUUUUUUUUUCCAUUCAUUUUUUUCUAUUUUCCUUUUCGGUCUUUUUCAUUUUCAGUCUUUCUUUCUUUCUUCCUUUCUUUCUUUCUUUUUCCAGUCGGUUUUUCUAUUUUCUCUUGUCUUUUAUUUUUCAUUUCUAAAUAUUUCCUUUCUUCCGGUUUUACAUUUUCAUUUUUUUCCAGUCGGUCUUUUUCUUUCUUUCGGUUUUUCUUUUUUUCUUUCUUUCUUUUUUUUUCAAUCGGUUUUCUUUCUUCCAUUUCUGUCGGUCUUUCUAUUUUUCAGUCGGUUUUCUUUCUUCCAGUAUUCUUUCAUUCCUCGAUUCGGUCUUUCUUUUUUCCAGUCGGUCUUUUUUUCUUUCUAUUUUCAUUUCUUUCUUUCUUUUUCUUUUUUUCUUUCAUUUUUUCCAGUCGGUCUUUCUUUCUUUUCCUUUCGGUCUUUCUUUUUUCAGUCUUUCUUUUCUUUCUUCCACUUUUUCUGGUCUUUCUAUUUUCAUAUUUUUCUUUCUUUUUCUGCAUGUCUUUUCUUUCUUCCAGUAAUUUUUAAUCUUUUUUCAUUUCUCUUUUUUAAUACUUUCCAUUUUUUUCCUUUCUUUCUUUCUUUCUUUCUUUCUUUUUUCUUUUUUCUUUCUUUCUUUCUGUCCUUUCUUUCUGUCUGUCUCUCUGUCUUUCUCUCUCUUCUUUUUUUUUUUUGCCAUUCAUCUUUUUUUUUUUCUUCAUCCUUUCUUUCUUUUCUUUCUUUUCUUUCUUCCUUUCUUUCUUUUUCCUUUCUUUCUGUCACUUUGACUUUUCUUUCUGUCUCCAGUCUGUCUCUGUCUUUUUUCAUUUCUUUCUUUCUUUCUUCUUUUAAUCUUUCUUUCUUUCAUUUUUUGCCUUUCAUCAGUCGGUUUCAUCCAUCUUUUUUUCUUUCUUUUCUUCCUUUCUUUCUUUCUUUUUUCUUUCUUUCUCUCUGUCUUCGGUUUUUCUUACUUUCAUUUUUUCUUUCUUUCUUUUUUUUUCUUUCUUCUUUUCUUUUUUCUUUUCUUUCUUUCUUUCUUUCUUUCUGUCACUUUGACUCUUUCUGUCUGUCUGUCUGUCUGUCUCUCUCUGUAUUUUUCAUUUCUGCAUAUCUUUCUUUCUUCCAUAAUAAUUUAAUACUUUUUCCAUUUUUUUGCCAUUCAUCUUUUUUUUUAUACUUCAUCCAUCUUUUCUUUUUUUCUUUCUUUCUUUCUUUUCUUUCUUUCUGUCACUUUGACUCUUGUCUGUCUCUCAGUCUGUCUCUCUGUAUUUUUUCAUUUCUUAUCUUUCUUUCUUCCAUAAUAAUUUUUAAUACUUUUUUUUUUUUUGCCAUUCAUCUUUUUAUACUUCCUCCAUCUUUUUCUUUCUUUAUUUCUUUCUUUCUUUCUUUCUUUCUUUCUUUCUUUCUUUCUCUCUGUCUGUCUCUCUGUAUUUUUUCAUUUCUGCAUAUCUUUCUUUCUUCCAUAAUAAUUUUUAAUACUUUUCCAUUUUUUUGCCAUUCAUCUUUUUUUCUUUCUUUCUUUUCUGUCACUUUGACUCUCUCUGUCUGUCUCUGUCUGUCUCUCUGUAUUUUUUCAUUUCUGCAUAUCUUUCUUUCUUCCAUAAUAAUUUUUAAUACUUUUCCAUUUUUCUGCCAUUCAUCUUUUUAUACUUCCUCCAUCUUUUUUUUUCUUUCUUUCUUUCUUUCUUUCUUUCUUUCUUUCUUUCUUUCUUUCUUUCUGUCUGUCUGUCUCUCUUCGGUCUUUUUUUUCUUUUUUCAUUUUUCUGCCAUUCAUCUUUUUAUACUUCAUCCAUUUUUUUUCUUUCUUUCUUUCUUUCUUUCUUUCUUUCUUUCUUUCUUUCUUUCUUUCUUUCUUUCUGUCACUUUGACUCUCUGUCUGUCUCUCUGUCUGUCUCUCUGUAUUUUUUCAUUUCUGCAUAUCUUUCUUUCUUCCAUAAUAAUUUUUAAUACUUUUCCAUUUUUCUGCCAUUCAUCUUUUUUAUACUUCAUCCAUCUUUUUCUUUCUUUUUUCUUUCUUUCUUUCUUUCUUUCUUUCUUUCUUUCUUUCUUUCUGUCACUUUGA